AUGAAUCAUGUCCGCGCAUGUCUCUACCUGUGGGCACUUUUUGCGGCAGGCACAGCCUUUGCCAACGAACCAAGAGCCUGUGAGUGCAUUAUGGAGAAGCUGGUCGGACGCUUCAAAUGCAUGCCAUUCACCUGCACUCAAUGUCAGAACGCAAUUGAAUGCCCACAGAAGGGUAUCACAACGAGAUACGAGUGUCACACUUGUAAGAACUUAAAAGACUAUCCGUACCGCCACACUCACGGCCAACAAAUACAAUCAAUUUGCCCCGCCUGCGUGGAAUUAUCUAGAGAAACGCGUUGA